AUGCAGAGCCCACAGCGUGUCCGUAAUCAAGACGAUCUCAACAUGACAUCGACACCCACACAUGAUCAUUCGACGCUUCUUCGUGAGCAAGAAGCAGAGCGGGAACGGCUGCGUAUGGACAAUUUCAACCAAGCGUUACGUAUAAACUUUCUAGAGGAGCGACUGCUGCGUAUGAAGCAAGGAACAGACUUUGCAAGUGAAGAUCUCGAGACUGAGCUCGCUCAGUUGCGUAUUACGCUCGAAGAACGGGAUUAUGAGCUUCGUCAGCGGAAUUUUAGCAUGAUUCGAGCUACGGAAGCUCUCGAUAUGCUGCAUGGAAAGCUUCAAGAGGCUCAAGAAACAGCUGCUAGAGCAAGAAAAGAUGCUCAGAAAGAAGCACAAGCUCAAUUGCAACAGCAUCUGGAAGAAAGAGGCAGUGUUGAUGCAGAAAUGGCCGAGAAAUGGAGACUGGAAGUAGAGACAACACGUAAAAGAGAACAAGUGAAUCUCGAAAAAAUUCAGCAACUGGAACAAGAAGUAGAGAGACAGAGAAAAGAUAUGAGGACUUUAAUGACUCAGAUGCAGGAGCUGAAGGAGGUGAGGAUGCAAGAACAGAGACAAGUGGAGCUGACGAGUCAAAGAGAGCAGCAGAAACUGCAGCAAAUGGAGAUGGAUCAUAUUAAAAUCUCGGCAGAAGCAGAGCACUAUAAGAUUAUAAGCAAGCAACGGGACGAACAAGUGACGGUACUGCAAUUGCAGAUAGAGACCAUGCGACAGGAGAACCAGACGUUGGAUGAUCAGUAUCAGGUCAAACUUAAGCGAAUGGAAGAACAGGUUCAACAGCAGAUGCAGCAGUUACACCGUGAGAGUGAAAACUAUCGUACAGAGCACACGAGACUACUGACCGAUCGUGAAAAAGCACAUUUUGACAAGGAGCGACUCGCGAUGGAGAACGAGAGCAUUCAACAGGAGCGGGUGAGACUGCAGGCUGAAAUUGAACGAAUUGUUAAGGAGAGACAGCAACUUGUUGGUGAGACUGAACGCUUACGUUUGCAGAAUGUGAAGUUGACAGCAGCCUCAGAGGAACAGAUCAAGUCAAUUGAUAGCAUGAAGGCUGAUCAAGAUGCUGCUCUGAACACGAUUCAGCAGCUUGAGUCUCAGUUGCACCAGAGACGCAAGGUGGAGAAUGAGCAUGAACUCACAAUUAAGACGUUGGAGAGUCGAUUAAAACAUGCUGAGGUUACAGAGAAAUCGCGGCUUGCGAUGGUCAACGGAAGCAUGAAACAGGAGUGUGCAAGACUGCAGGCUGAAACUGAGCGAAUGACUAAGAAGAGACAGCAACUUUCUGACGAGACUGAACGGUUACGUUUGGAGAAUGUAAAGCUGACCACGACCUGCGAAGAGCUGACGAAGUCACUCGAUGGCUUUAAGACUGAUCGCGAAGCCACUAUACGAACGAUUAAUCAGCUUGAGUCCGAAUUGCACCAGAGACGCAUACUGGAGAAUGAACACGAAGUAACGGUUAAGAGAUUGGAGAAUCAGUUAGAGAUUGCUGAGGCCGAGGCAUGUAAGAUGAAGGAACAAUGUGAGCUGGCUGAAUCGCGCUGCCAGCAAACGUCUAACGAACGGCUACUCGCAUUGGAGAAAAACCGUCAAGGUAUGGAAGAGGACAACCGGCGACUGCGUGAAGAGCUGUCAGGCUUCCAGAUGGAACUCGAGGUCAUGGAACAUAAGCUUCAGAUUAGUGAGGCGAAGUUUUCGAACGAGGCUGCAAAUGCACAGGAGCAGUGCCACCGUCUUUCUGUAUAUCAGAGAGACCUAGAGAGGCAAUCUGCUCAAUUACAGGAGUAUCAAAAACAGCUCGGUGGCUGUGAAGAUGAGUUAACUCGACGAGCAACGCGUGUGCAGGAUCUUGAGCGUCAGCUAGCACAGGCAGGAUUGGUCGGCUCGUCGACGAGCACGGCAGCUCGAGAACAGCUGAAGAAAUCGCAAAAUCAGUUUGCUAUGGAGAAAAGUAAAAUAUUACGACAACUGGAUGGAGAGCGCCGACGAGCAUAUGAGGCGGAGCGAGCGGCAGUCGCAUUGAAGAAUGAGAAUAUGUCCAAACGGCAAGAGCUUGAGGCAGUGGAGAAGGAGCUUCGCUUGCUUUUGUCAAGCCGCAGUGUGACCUCUAGCGAUCGCCGGCACCAAACGGUGGCAAGCCUAGCUCGAGAGGCUAUCCUUGCUUUGAAGAAUGACUUUAAGGCAGAGGCAACAGCGGUGCAGACACGGUGGAAACAACAGACGUCUGUGUUGAACUCCAAGCUUGAAGGUCUGACUGCCCAAUUGCGCGCAAGUCAAAGCAAGCUGGAAGCCCUGCAAAGCACUUCAUUGCACGCGGAGAAUGCAAAGCAGUCCUGUGAAAAGAAAUGGUCGCUUCGAUAUGAAAAGCUGCGCAUGCGAAAAGAAGAGGAGAGACAAUCUCUUGAAGAAGAAAUUCGGAUUUUUCAAUCCAAGAUGACCAAGGCAGAGGAGGCUCUUUCUCGAGCUAGAAGCGACAUCUUGGCAUUAAAGCGAAGCUCUCGUGAGGAAGCACAGUACGACGUUCAUGCCCUAAAAGAAAGCAAUCGAUUGCUGUUUGAGGAGGUUCAGGAGCGCCGAAAAUCUGCUAAGCAUGCUCAGAAGCAGUACAUGCAAGCGGUUCGAGAAAACAAAGAGCUACUGAAGGCGAUUGCAACGUACAAAGAUGCCAUUGCUGGCCGCGACAAGGAUAUCGAGAAGUAUAAAUCCGCUGUGAUGAAGCACGCACAGCAGUUGCAGCGACGUGUUGAAUUUGGUGAGGUGAACCAGACGUUGCUGGAGCAGCUGGAACAAACACAGUACAUGAUCACGGAGACUUAUAAGCGCUGGGAGGACAGUCCGAUUGUUCGUGGUUCUGUUGUUGGCGCUUCUGAUAGGGAAGAGAGCCACGACGCAGCUAUGUCGCAGCUGGACGAGUACAUCGGCCGGAUGCACUUAGUGUCUGAGCGCUGGGGUGACUUCAUGAAGCAAUCUCACGAGCUACACCGACGGUACGGCAAGGUCUGGAAGACAGCAUCGCGUGGAUUUGAUCGUACAAAGGACCAACCUCGUUGGGUCGAUGACGUCGAGCGAAAAUGCUCUCGGCUUCUUACCGAGGCUGUGCGUGUUUCUGAGGCAAUGCGCGAUGCUGUCAAUAACAUCGCAGGUAUACUCCAGACGAAGCACAACGAAAAGAAGCGCAUUAAGAAGGAGGGGGUCGUUCCUGUAGACAAGAACGCUUUUGUGAAGCAGCGCGAUGACACUUCGUCUGCGUGGCCUUCACGUGACAGUGACUUCUUGAGUGACAGACUGCGACCCUCGCGAAGCGUUCAUCGGCCGACAUUUGAAAGCCCGACCAAGAAGAAUGGAUUCGACGCGCCGUGCCGCAACUCCAAGACGUCAACUUCAGCUCGCCGUACUGUGAAUGCGGUGAAUGAUAGCUCCUUGUCAUCUCUUGUUCGCGUAGGCAUCAAGGUACAAGACUUGGAGAUCGAGAUUCGAAGUGCUCAUGAUUAA